AUUGGGCCAUCUUUGUUUCUAUCUGUCUCUCUUUCGCUUUCUCUUUCUCUCGAGGUAGGUGAACGCGAGUCGUGCUCCUUGCUGAUGGCCGGGUGAAAUCUCGACAAGUCGUUGUUGCCUCGUGAUCUCGUGAUUGUGUAUGUUGCACUGCUGCCGUGCCGUUGUUGUCCAGAUAUCUUCCGGAGACACAGCAUGCUCGGUUCGCAUCUAGCGCCUGCUGUUGCCACCCGCCGCAUUCCUGGUGCUUAUCAGCAGAGACACGCCAAUCCUUACCACAACCUCUUGUGAAGUAGGGGACUGGGAGAGAGAGAGAGAGAGAGAGAGAGAGAGAGAGAGAGAGACGGCAUAGGUGCGCAGAAGAGGCGGAGCUUCCAUGGACGCAUCCGCGGGCAAGAACUUCGACCCUCAUCACGCAAGAGUCCUGGUCGUCGGGCCCAUGGCAGCGGGCAAGACAACUCUGGUGCAUUCCUUCUGCCACGGCGGCGGUGGGAAUGGCGUGCCAGGAAACACGCUACCCACCGUCGGGUGCAGUGUCGACGUCAAGCUGCUCGCAGGAGGGCACCCGAACCGGUCCAUCGAGUUCUGGGACGUGGGCGGAAGCCCCGACGCCGCCCUUGCUCGAGGCAUGUUCUUUGAAGGAUGCGAAGCGGCAGGGGUGCUCCUGGUAUAUGAUGUUUCUAUCCCAAGGUCGUUGCGAGACCUACGCGUGUGGGUCGCCGAGCUCGACUCCGCCGGGAUCUCGAUUCUCGGCAAGAGCGGCAACAACGGCCGCUCGAGUGCUACCGCCUCCUCCUCCGGGAGAAGCUUGAGGAGCGGCAGAAGCACCGAAUAUCCACCGGAUUUCUUCUCGGAAGGGCUCGCCGCCGACCUGGAGGGAGGAGGGUCUGGGACAGCAGCGGUAGGCGGCGGCAGGGUCCCUCUCAUUGUAGUCGGAGCCAAGGCGGAUACCGGAGAAGGCGUGCGGCGGGAGGGGGGGGCGCUAGCGUCGGAGCUCGGCGUCGGGCACGUGGCUGUGUGCGCUUCGAAACUGUCGAACGAGGAGGAGGCGUUAUUCGACAGGUUCUUUGGAGAGGUCUUUCGGCAUCACUCCGGCCUGCAGGCGCCGCCGCUGGGCGAAGACGUUCAAAAAAUGCUUUCUUUUGCGGAAGGAAUGCCCGGGCGGUUGGAAGAGACCUACGAAAGUGAAGACUCGUAUUUCCCUUCGAGUGAGACGACGGCGGCGGCGGCGGGUGACGGCGGCCGAUCAUCCCUUCACACACGCCAUCGUCCUUCGGGAAGCAGCCGGUGGGGGAGCGACCAACCACCAGGAAGCAAUCCACAACGAGACGCUGGCAUCGGUUGGACAGGGAUAGGACACCCUGACGCUCGGGGCGACGACGGUCGGGUUGAAGGGGAGGCGCGUGGAUGGGCGGGAGGUGGAGCGAGCACCGUAGGUGGUGGGCUGGUGUGGCCGGUGCACCGCGGCGCGUUGCCGUCUGCCGUGGCGGGAGGGCGUCCGGCUCGAGAAAAACAUUCCUGAAAUAGGGAUCGGGGUAGACAAUGGGCUGGUCUUGUGUGUGUUUCGGAGUAGUUACUCGUAGCACCAAGCACGGGGAAGUGUGGUUUUGUCUCUCGAUGCUCUCCUAUGGUCAAAGGUACCCCGUGUGUCGGUCUUGAAUGUAUAAGGGUAUGCGGCGCCGUGGCGCUCUCCGAUACUCCGCAGGCUGGAGUACCUGGUCAAAGUGAAUAUUGAUGCGUGUGAACGCAUAUGAGCGGGUGAGUGUUGUUAUGCGGCUUGCGUUCAUGGGGGUAAGCCUUGGCGACUGUUCUCUCCGCUGAUUUCCAUUAAGAUUCGAACUCUC